GUAGUGAUAGGACCCCAAGCCAAAUCAGACUAGAGGUGUGCUCAAGCUGUUAAACACUUUGUAUGUUUACUAAAAAAAAAUAUUGAUAUAUUCGCUUUAUGUAAUAAUGCGCAAGGUUUUGCUGAAAAGAAAGAAAUUCUGAGGACGGUCCAGAGAAUAAAUCAACAUGGCUGCUACCGAGACUGCCGAAUCAGGCUCCCCAGAGAACAAAGCGGAUCGGGCUGAUGGAGAUGCAAAGUACCCAUCGAAAGUGCUUUACUGUGGAGUAUGCUCCUUGCCAACAGAGUACUGUGAGUACAUGCCUGAGCCAGCAAAAUGCAGACAGUGGCUUGAGAAAAACUUUCCAGACAUGUUUGCUAGAAUGACCAUGGGGAAUGUGCCCAAGUCGGAAACAGGCAGAGAAGGAGGUGGAGGAGGAGGAGGAGGAGGAGGAGGAAGGGGAGUGGGCACAGAGGUGCCACCUGCUGGAGAGGAGGAAGAAAAGAAAAAGCAGAAAAGAGGCGGCAGAGGUCAAAUCAAACAGAAGAAGAAGACCGUUCCACAGAAAGUCACGAUAGCCAAAAUCCCACGUGCUAAGAAAAAAUACGUCACAAGAGUGUGCGGUUUGGCCACCUUCGACAUCGAUCUUAAAGAGGCUCAGAGAUUCUUUGCUCAGAAAUUCUCCUGCGGUGCAUCAGUGACAGCAGAGGACGAGAUCAUCAUUCAGGGAGACUUUACAGAUGACAUCAUCGACGUCAUCCAGGAGAAGUGGCCUGAGGUGGACGACGACAGCAUCAACGACCUCGGAGAAGUCAAGAAAUGAAAAUCUGAUGUGCACUUUUACUGAAACAGAUGCAACAUGACACACAAGAAACAAAGAAACAAAACCCACGGACAGAUGUACACGCUAACAUCGAGUCGUUUUAUAUCUAUUUUAUUUACUGUAUAGAACAUGGUGGACUUGGCCACAACCAAGGCAUUUAUUUUCCCUUCUCUCCCUCCCCAGUUCUAGAUAGCUGCUUGUUCUCUUGGUUGCCAAAGGUCUGUUAUGAUGUUCUCAACACUUUACUCAAUCAAACUGCAAGCUAAUAAAUUCCGGGCUCAUUGGCUUGUU